AUGCCGUACACUUCAGUUGAUUUAUCAGACGUUUCAUCCCAUGUUUCCACUUUCGAUUGUGGAAAUUCUCCAGAUGGAGUAUAUGGUUCACUGUGCUCACCACUCUUUUUCAUUUGUUCUGCUGGACAAAUAACUGGAUUUGUUUGUCAGAAUACAUUAAUAUUUAAUCCAGAAACAGGAUUUUGCGACCAACAGGAAUAUAUCUCAUCAUGUCAUGGAGCUGUUCAUCCUGCUCACAGUCAUUUCCCACCAUUAACAACCGCUAAUGGGGUGCUUCAAAAUACAAGUUUUAUUGCUACUCAAGCAUCCUAUCUCGAAAAUUCAUCUAAACGAAGAUGUGAGAAAGGAUUCAGCGGUGUGAUAUCCAAGGGUUGUUCCGCCAAAUUUGUUCUUUGUGCUUAUGGUGUAGAUCACUUAUUUAUCUGCCAGCACAAUCUGAUAUAUAACGUUGAAACCAAUCGCUGUGACUACGCUGAAAAUGUUGAUGCUUGCCGUGGGUACACCACUUCUUAUGUAAAGAAGUCGUACGGACCAUCGCAUUUCGAAGAUACUCCAGUCUCGAGUAUUCGUAUCGCAGAUUUGCGAACAAUUGGGUCUUUAAAUGGUGCUAUGCAGAUGCGAUGUCUUGCUUCGCGAAACCAUGUGAUAUCCUCCCAGCGUUGCCAUAAGGAAUAUAUCACUUGUUUCAAUAACAGUACAGUUCAUAAGGCAUAUUGUGCAAAUGGUUUUUUGUUUGAUGAUGAUGCUGAACGAUGCGUACUUGCUAAAGUUUGUGGAAUACCUAAUAAUGUCAACGAAAGAACGAAUGCGAACGAAGUGAGAUGUAGUGUGUCGGAUGAUGUUCCGAAAAACACUAGUCCUUGCUCAGCUCCAUAUCUUGCACGCGAAAAAUAUACAAAAACAGCUUCUGGGAUCAGUACAUACAUGGAACGUUCACUAAACUACAAAUGUCAGGAAGAAACCGUUGUACCAACAAAUAUAAAGAUGAAUAAUACCGGAGACUUUUGUAUGGAUCGGAAGGAUGGUAUAUAUCGACACCCCAGGGAUUGUACCAGGAUCUUGCAGUGUUUCGGGAAAGAAGUAUUUGAGUACUUACCAUGUGAUUAUGGGCUAGUUUUCAACGAGAUAGCUGGUGGUUGUGACUAUAAAAGAAAUGUACCCGAAUGUCAUAAUAUGUCUUUGAAAGUCGAGAAUGGUGAGUCUUCAUCAUUGCUGGAUCUGGACUGUCAGGGAAAAUCUCACGGCGACAUUCUGGCAGAUAAUGAAGAUUGUUCGGUAUAUUAUCGUUGUGUGUGGGGUAAGCUGGAAAAGCUCUCCUGUCCCAAACAAACUGUUUUUAAUUCCAUACUUGGUGUAUGCGAUUUUCCCAGCGAAGUACCUUCAUGUAAAAUUAGUUUGCGGCAUUGA